GAGCUGAAGACAGAGCAGGAGGUCAAACUGUGAGGAUCCAACAAAAUGUUUGGAGGAAGGUGGAGACUACAGCGCACCUUGUGUCAGUACGUCACUGAUACUCUGACUUACAUGGCAACAGUGAAAGAUUUUUAUGAGAUAUUCUCAGAAUGGAAGGAUUGCAGGGAAAUAGAGUAUGUGAAAAUGAUAAGUAUCACAGAAAAGGCUGAUGAAAUUGACCCCACUUUUGCCAAGUCAGAGGGCAAACGGGCGUCUUUUUGUAAAUAUGUCAAGAGCGUUUUCCAGCGCAAGGCGGAGAGUAAACUUUUAGGUCUGGAAAAUGAGCUGGCUGAAGUGCUGAACGACACGCUGGAAGGUCUGGAGAAACUUGACUCUUUCUUGGAUGCAGUGGAGAUGCUGGCGGUCACUUCGCUCCAUCUGUUCACUGAGAACCAGAUCGUUUACCUGCCUGAAAAGAUCAGCUUUGAUGAUGUUCAAGCUGUGAUCAGCACUGCACAGCAGAUCUGUCCUCUCCUCCUGGAGUUCAAAAGAGAUGCAAAGUCCUUCUUCCUCCCCAACCUUCACAAUGUGGAGGUUCUGGCGUUACAGCUGCAGAAUUACAUGGACACAGCCAACAGGAUAUGUGUAAUUCACAGCCAGAGCUUUAACUUUGACAUUUGCAUGGAAAUGGCUGAAGAAAUUGAAGUGAACACAGACAACCUGUGUGAAAACGACACGCAAAAGAUGACAGAUCAGAUUAAGCUACUUAACAAAAUCAGGAUGGACGAGGACUUUCGGACGGAGUUCCUGUUCCAGAAUGUCUCUUCUUCUGAUUUCAUCAGCAUCUUUAAUGAGCAACAACCCAAACUGCUGCAGUUUCUAGAUGAGGUGGAGCAGUGUGCCGUUGAGUUAGACAGGAUGAACAAAGGAGCAAAGAUCUCCAGUGUGGCAGGGAGCUCAGUGGGAGCAGCUGGAGGCGUCCUCUCCAUUGUUGGUUUGGCGUUAAUCCCAGUCACAGCCGGAGUGUCUUUAGGGCUGACCAUCGCCGGGGUGUCGAUGGGGGUAACAAGUGGAGCCAACAGCUUGGUAACCACCUUAACAGAGGUUGGAGUUAAUUCUACUCAACAGAAAAAAGCAAAUGAAGUCUUUAAAAGUUUCACAGAGGAUUUCCAAAAGGUCCAGGAUUCUCUUGAUAAGGUGAUGAAACAAGUUAAUAAUCUGGAGCCAAGUAAAAUAGACGUGUUGUUGGGAGUGGUCAAGAGUGUUCCUAAAUUAUAUACCAUAGGAAAGGGUAUUGAUUCCAUUGUUGAUGCUGCUUCUGCUUUGAAGACUUUAAAAACUGAGGAUAUUGUUGCAGGUGCAGGAAAAGCUGUACUACAGGAUACAAAAGCUUUACGUAACGUUCCCAGGGUGGCAGCAGAUGUUCCUGAUAUCGGUCAGGCAGCAGUUAAAGGGCCACUCGCUCUCACCAAGGGAGCCAGAGCUGGCUUCAUUGUGCUUAAUGCCCUCUUCCUUGGCAUGGAUUUAUUCUUUAUCGCCAAAGACAGCAUGAGUCUGGCCAAAGGCAGCGAGGCUAAAGUCUCAAAGUUCCUCAGAGCCAGAGUUGCAUUGUUCCGCUCGCAGAUAGAGUCAUGGGAGAAGCUCUGCAGCUCUUUGUGUCAAAGCAAACUGACCAAAGAAGAAAACAAAAAUAUACUACGGAUGGCAUUUUUUCAAGAAAACAUUUAAGAAAAUAGAUCUGAAGGGUUAAAGAGAAUAAAAGUCUGUAUGACAUUAAAAACUGGUACAUAAUUAUACUGAGACACACCAAGUUUUAAUAACUUCACGUUUUACCAGCUGAAAUGAACGAGACACAUAAAACUAAUGGUUUUGAUCAGUUUGUUUUCUGUAACAGGAUGUUGUGAAAACUGGUUUAGAGGGGUGAAAUUUUCCAGGUUCAUACAGAAAACAGAUCAUAAAGGCCUGA